GCAAACGUUCCCUUCGCUCGCCUGAGACUCCCCUGCUUCGGAAAACUUCCGAGCCCAUGAGCCCUAUAGGCUCUAGCCCCGCUCCCCAGCAGCCGUCCCGCCCUUCCUGUUUGUGGCGGCGAAGCACGGGGUUCAGGCGGCCUGCCGGGCGCGAGGGAGCUGCGGCGGAGGCUAGGUCCCGGCUGCUGAAGGUACAGCUCUGUGCUGGGCCGGGCGCUGCCGGUCACGGGGAGGUCAGCCAGCCCUGGAUCUGGGGCUCCCGCCGUUGGGGUCAGAAUAAUUUACAGGAUCUAGAAGAAAUGCAUUCUUCAAAUAUGGAAGAGGAUACCAAACCUCUCCUGAUCCCUGUUGGAGGUGAUGAAAAAGAUUAUGGAAUCAUGAACAUUCAGUUUGAUCCAGCAGACUUAAAAUGCAAGAGGCCAUUCCACGUAGAGCCUUCAAAUAUUGUCAGUGUGAAUGAUGACACACAAAGAGUUACAGAUGAAGCCUCAGCAAUGAAUAAGCGGAUUCAUUACUAUAGCAAGCUCACUUCACCUUCAGAUAGGGCACUGAUUGCUCCUGAUCAUGUACUUCCAGCUCCAGAAGAAAUGUAUGUGUACAGUCCAUUAGGAACUGCUUUCAAAAUCGAUGGUUGCACGGAUGGUUAUGGCAAAAACUCCAGCAUAGUGACAAUAUUUAUGAUCUGGAAUACAAUGAUGGGCACAUCUAUACUAAGUAUGCCCUGGGGUAUAAAACAGGCGGGAUUUACCACUGGAAUCUGUUUGAUCUUGUUAAUGGGCAGCUUGACACUUUAUUGCUGUUACAGAGUUGUGAAAUCACGGACAAUGAUACCUUUAAUAGAUACCUCAAACUGGGAAUUCCCAGAUGUUUGCAAGUACUAUUUUGGAUCCUUUGGUCAAUGGUCCAGUCUUUUAUUUUCAAUGGUGUCUCUUGUUGGAGCCAUGGUUAUUUACUGGGUACUUAUGUCCAACUUCCUGUUCAACACAGGAAAAUUUAUAUACAAUUAUGUGCAUGACAUUAACGUAACAGAUCUUGUUCCUGGUACUAACGGGAGUAAUAGAGUCAUCUGUCCAGGUACUGCCAAUAAGGACCAACCGGGCAACAAAAGUGGGAUGUUUGCUUCUGUCAACAACACAAGCUUUGAGCUGUUUGAGGAGUGGUGGAGCAAAUCACGAACUGUACCAUUUUAUCUGAUUGUUGUUGUUCUGCCCCUUCUAAAUCUUAAGUCUCCCUCUUUCUUUGCGAAGUUUAACAUUCUUGGUACCGUUUCAGUUGUCUACUUAGUUUUUCUUGUUACUCUGAAGGCUGCACAUCUGGGAUUCCAUUUAGAAUUCAACUGGUUUACAGCUAAUGAAUUUUUUGUACCAGAGUUUAGAAUUCAGUUUCCUCAGCUCACAGGGGUCCUGACACUUGCUUUCUUCAUUCAUAACUGUGUUAUCACUCUCCUUAAGAAUAACAAGAACCAGGAAAACAAUGUGAGAGAUCUUUCCAUUGCUUAUUUUCUGGUGGGAUUAACAUAUCUCUAUGUUGGACUGUUAAUUUUUGCUGCAUUUCCCUCUCCGCCGUUGUCCAAAGAGUGCAUUGAACAGAAUUUUUUAGACAAUUUUCCCAGCAAUGACAUCAUGUCAUUUGUUGCAAGAUUGUUCCUGCUAUUCCAGAUGAUAACUGUGUACCCGCUGCUUGGCUAUUUGGCACGAGUUCAGCUAUUAGGACACGUCUUUGGCAACGUUUACCCGAGUAUUUUCCAUGUGUUGGUUCUAAACAUAGCAAUUGUAGGACUUGGAGUGACAAUGGCCAUGUUCUAUCCAAAUAUAGGAGGUAUCAUAAGGGAAAACUUCUAUCCUCCGAUAAAUAGAUUAGUUACUGAACAUAAAUUACAUGAUAUUCUGGAGCAACAUGUGGUCUGGCGUUUGUAUUUGUGUAUCCAUCCCUCAUCUACAUGAUCUCCCUGCAUCAGUCAGGGCAGCUGACGUGGUCAACACUCAUCAUUCACAUCUUUAUACUCAUCCUAGGACUGGCUAAUUUGAUCGCACAGUUCUUGCUGUGAAAAUGCUCCUGCUGGCUUUCACAAGUAGUAUUUUGAGGUUUGACAACCGACUUUAGCAGCUCUAUCGUACAAGCUGAGAACCUCCUGUCUGUCAAUAUCUUCCUGAGAAAAUCUGCAUCUUUGAAAGCAAAGGACAACUGUGUCUUAGUAACAGUUUUCAGGGGUUUGUAGGGAAACGCAACUUUGGAAAUACUACAUUACAAUAGAUAAAACGGGCCAAAUUUUGUAAAUGGCACAACUCCACUGACUUCAUUGACAGUACAUCAGGGAUGAUUUUGGCCCAAAUGUUUUUAUUUUGUAGAGAUAAAUAUUUCCACAUGGAUAAAACAUGCCACCCUUCCCUUUUAGAAAUAGUUACUUUUCAGCUUUACGCUACAGAAUUCUUUUCUUCCAAAAUCAUGGUUCUUGCCCUUAUUAGCAAACAAACCCUCGCAAUAUUCUACAGUGACAGUUGCACUAAUUUUCCUGUGCUGUUUGAGACUGUUACUGACAAAAGGGUUGUGUUUGUAAAGCUAAUUUAUAGCCAAUCAGAUGACAGCACACUGUUAAUAUAACUUGGUGUAACCUUUUAAAAAAUAUAUAUAUGCAAGAAACCUCAGGUACAGAAACAACGUAAGAAAUCAAUACCGUUUCUACCUGCAACCAGAAUGCUGCAUGCACACUGUCUGGCCUUUGAGAAUAGGUCGAGUAAUGAGGGGUGUCCAAAGUUACAGAGUAAGUUGAUGGUUCAACUUGAAGUAGGACCAGGAUUCUUCUCGUUCCAAGUCCUAUACCUGUUACCAUUAGAAUAGUAUGUGUUGUGUAUUCUCGUGAGCAGGUUUACUCCAUAUAUAUACGUUGGACGCAAAUGUUCAGAGCAUUCCUGUAUGUCCAGUGUAGUUCUUGUGCCCCUGCAGGAUUUCAGACUGUGCAAAUUCCUUGCUGUAGGAAAACUGUGCUUUUCAAACAUCCAUUCUAAACAGGUUAUAUGAUAGUAUAGCCAGAGAGAUGUACAAUGCACACAACUGACAAAAAUAACAAAUUAAGAUUGUGUGGGAAUUUUAAAAUCUUAUUUCAAUGUAGCUGCCAAAUAUUCGGUAUUAAAAUGUACUAUAAUCUAAUGUACAGAAUACACGUGCUGUAUAUUCUAUGCAAUAUGAUGCAGUUUCAGAAUCACUAGUGCAAAAUUGCAAAUGCAUCAUCUGUAUAUGCAAUCACCAUGCACAACUGUGCCUGCAGAUGCUCCGCUAGAUGACUAGUUCACAUAUGCAACUCUGAAAAUCUGUGUCUGGCAAUGUGCAGUGGGUAAUAGCAAGGCACUACCUUGUAGGGAUGCCCUUAGGACUUUAUGAAAGUAUGCAUAUAAUUGGAAAUGCACAGAUAUAAACCACAAAGACUGAGAUUGUUAUAAAGUCCACAAAGGGUCCAUUUCUGCUCCCAUUGAAGUCAGUGGCAAAACUCCUAUUGUCUUCAUUGGGAGGAAGCUCUGGAUGAAUAAUCCGUGUUUUGGUGGGAGAAGAGUCCCUCUGAAAAGCUGUUGCUCCGUAGCCAGCACCUGUUAAAUACCACACGAUGCAGGUGUAAUGCUGGUUUCUGAGUGAUGGAACAUUAACUUCUCUGAGAGAGCAUCUAAUGGAAUCACAAUCUCACACCUGGUGUGUGCACACACAAAUGUGAAUGCACAUAUUCAAAGAGGGAAUUGUUGGUGUGAUGUUUCUAUAUCAGACAAUCAUAGCGCUCCAUCAGACUCGUGAUGGAAUUAAACAAAUGUCAGAUUUCAUUGCCUCUUGCCAAAAUGGAAAAUGAAUUUAGAGAUGCUUUUGGUUAGACGUAUCAGAGUGUGAAAGAUUGAUGAGGAAAUAGGAGUCUGGGUUGGUGAAAGAGAACUUGGAAACUGUAAAGUCUGUGGGUGAGGUUUGGGCCAUUGUGGAACCAGCCCAAUAAUGGAUAGACAAUCAAUGCUGUGAAAAUAGUAUUAUUGUACCCUCUUAUUGUGAGGGCAGAAUAUGCCCCAUCCCCAACAUUUCUCUGCCCAGAUGAUUCUUGUCAGAUGGGCUUGUACAUAUGCACACAUCUGACCCAGAGCACUUUGUCGUGACUCCUGUUGCAGGGUGGCUGGGGAAUGUUUUCUUCAGGUUUUGGGGGAAGCAGCAAGCUCCCUCCUUGUGCUCACUCUCUGCCCAGAGCUUUCCUGGCAUCUGCCUAUGUGCACCUAGUAGCCAAAUUUUGGGGCUGUAAUAAAAAAUUGGCAGGUUUAAAUUGAGUGGAAUGGUCUUCUGAGAAACUGAAUUCUAGAAUAAUUAAGGGGAGAAAAGUUGAAUAAUGUUCCAAUAGUAGUAAUGAUGUGGGGGAUUGAGAGAAGCUGAGAACUGGGAAAAGAGAAUUUAAUUGGGGGUAAGAAUUUUUGUUGUUUUUAUCUGAAAGUAGAAUGGAAGGCAUAGUCUAGAAUAAUGUUAUUGUAUUUCUCUAAUAAAUAACCUGAAAUAUUUA